AUGAUUCUUGUCACCCAAUUGACCAAACCACAGUUUGGUGGGCUGGGGAUUGGCAAGGCCAAGAAUUGCCCUGGCUGGCAGUUGGACCAACUGGCACUUGACAACCGGCAGGUGCGCAACCAUGAAUUGACUGACCAGCAGCUGACCAGACACGGGGCAAAUCAACCCUUGCCUCCAAAUGGUCAACUGAAGCAUCCCUUGAAUGGCUAUUCAGACCAUGUUCCUCAUCAAGCUGCUCUGGUAAUUCCUUCAAAGGAUUCUGGCCCAGAAGCAAUAAUUUGCUCUGGGGCUUUCAUUUCAUCCCAGUGGGUUCUCACAGCUGCUCACUGUUUCCGCUUCCCUUGUAAAGUGGCUUCAUCUGUGCUAGUUUUAGGAAACCGUAACCCGACGAAGCAAAGAACAUCAGAGGAGCAACGAUUUCCAGUCACCGACGUGUUUGUUCAUCAAGACUUUGCAGCAUCCGGACCAGCGUAUGUUCAUGACAUUGCACUGAUUCGGUUGAAGAAAGGGGCCAGAAUUACAGAUCAUGUAAAACCUAUCCGUUUACCUCUGGCACGUCAAGAGCCCAAA